AUUCCCCAGCAGAUAAGCAACAUAAAGCGACAAAUCCAUCACCUUCCAAAUUAGUAUGGAAGAAAAUUUGAUAAAGGCAUCACAAAUCCAAGAGUUGCAGGAGGGCUUAAGUGCUAAGAACUCAUGGAUGUAAAGAUAAGAACUAAAGGUGGAAGAAAGUCAUCCAGAAAGGUACCUACUUCAAUUUAUCUUUCAAUUCAUGAUUCCAAGCUCUUCUAAAGCAUAAAAAAACUAUGAAUCUGAAAAAACAAUCAGAACCAUCUCACAGCAUCUUUCCCUUUCUUCUCUUCCAUUCUUACAACAAUGAAAUUAAGGGCUUAUUUCUUCCCAAGUCUUCUCAUAUGAGAGAUCCUCAAAUUUCAUUUUCUCUUUUCUUUCUGGUUAUCCUCUUCUUGGCUUCUGCUCUUCAAUGUUCUUCAUCUCUCUCUAGUGUUGCAAUCACUGAGAUCUCAAAUCAAACACUAAUAUGUGCAUUGCCUGGACAAACAUCGCUCAACUGUACUAGCUUCCCGGUUGGACUUCAGAGUCCAAUUCCAUAUAUAAAUACUUCAGUUUCUGCGAUUUCCGCGAUCACCGCCGGCGACAACUUCCUAUGUUACCUGAGUUACCCAUCUCUGAAUUCUGUUACUACUGUUGGUUGCUGGAGUUUCACUGAAAAUGGUACUGAUCUGACAAGCCAGGGGAUCUAUCAAGGAGCUAUGCUUAAUGAUUUUGAUGCUAGGAACUCUCAUAUCUGUGGGAUUGUGAAUGGAUCAAACAGUCUAUUAUGUUGGAAAUGGCCUGGAUUCAGUUUUCCUAAUGUGCAAAACCUUAUGGAGAUCGCAGUAGGAGAGGAUUUCGUUUGCGGAAUACUAGCAACAGGGCAAAUUAAGUGUUUUGGAAGCAAUACAAGCAUCGUCGUCGGCAAGGAACCAGCAGGGAAUUAUAGUUUUAUCGCCGCCGGAGUUCAGCAAGCUUGUGCUAUUUCAAUAGAUGGCACCACCAUCAACUGCUGGGGGAAAGCCCCAGUGAUGAGCCUUAAUGGAAGCUUCAAUUCCUUGGCCUUAGGUAACAACAGUGGCUGUGCUCUUCGCGCGAAUUAUACUGUUUUUUGUUGGGGAGAGGACGAUUUCGAGCUGCCGGAAAGCCUAGAUGGGGUUAGUUUUCUAUCAAUUACAGGGAAGAGACAUGUUUUUUGUGGUGUGACAGUGCAGAAUUAUUCAUUAAUCUGUUGGAGUGGUGAGAAUUUGGGGUCUACUUCAUUGAUUUUCCAGACCGUAAUGCCAGGACCUUGUCAAACACAUUGUCAAUGUGGAAUGUUGCCUGACUAUGGGCAAUUUUGCAGCCAAGGAUAUAUUUGCCUACCAUGUAGGAGGUCCCAUCAUCACUGGCCUAUGGUAUAUCCACCGGCAGCGCUGCCGGAUAAGCCAGAAACCCUUCCGCUGAUUCCAGUGGUCACUGGUACUGAUAUCAGUAAGGAUGCCGGGAUAGCCUACCUCACCGUCGGCUGUAUAGGCACGGCGGCUUUUCUGUUUGUGUUAUGCUUCAUUUUCUAUCAAAAAUGGAAGAGAAAGGUACAAAGGGUUCAUCAUUCAGGACAAUUGACUACAACUGUUCAACAUGGUUCAUCUCCAAUGUACUCUCUUAAAGAAAAAGAGCCAGCUUCCUCAAUUAGAGGGUCUAGCCUUGGGCCUUCAAAGCUAGAUCAAAGGUUAAGUCAAAUGAUUAACACAGGCAGUGGUAAACUAGAGGUAUUUUCUCUUGAAGAACUCAGGCAAGUCACUGAUAAUUUCUCUCAAGGCCAUAGGAUUGGCUGUGGAAGUUUUGGCUCAGUGUAUCGGGCGACACUCGAAGACGGGCGAGAUGUAGCAAUUAAGCGAGCAGAGGUAAUGGUUUCGACUUCUCCAUUAUACGCCGGCGGGGUUAAGAAACAAGAUGACAAGGAUCAUGCAUUCUUAUCUGAGCUUGCAAAUCUCUCUCGCCUCAAUCACAAGAACCUUGUGCAGCUUUAUGGCUAUUGUGAUGAGGCGAAUGAGCGUGUGCUUGUUUAUGAGUUCAUGGUAAAUGGGACUCUCCAUGACCACCUCCAUACUUUCACCGAGUCGCCCAUAAGGUCAUGGGCGACUCGGAUUAAAGUUGCCCUAGACGCAGCUAGGGGAAUUGAGUAUCUCCACACUUAUGCCGUCCCACAAAUCAUACAUCGUGACAUUAAGUCCUCCAACAUUUUACUCAAUGUCCAAUGGAUUGCAAAGGUAUCAGAUUUUGGUCUCUCAUUGAUGGGUCCAGACAACGAAGAGGCACAUAUAUCCCUCCGUGCUGCCGGAACUGUGGGAUAUAUGGAUCCUUCCUACUAUAAAUAUCAACAAUUGUGUACUAAGAGUGAUGUGUAUAGCUUUGGUGUUGUGUUACUAGAAUUGUUAUCAGGUCUUAAAGCCAUACACCGCAAUGAAGAGACAGGGCUACCAAGGAAUGUGGUACACUACAUGGUGCCAUACAUUGUUAGAGAUGAGAUACAUCGGGUACUUGAUCCGAAAUUGCCACCGCCAACACCAUGUGAGAUCGAGGCAGUAGUAUACGUCGGUUAUCUUGCAGCUGAUUGUGUGGUGUCCGACGGGCAAGAUCGUCCAUCGAUGACUGAGAUUGUAGAUAGCCUUGAAAGAGCAUUGGCUGCAUGUCUAGAAAAUCCUUUUCUCUCUCGCUCAACAACUGGUUCAUCCAUCAAAGAUAUAUUGUAAGUAAAAGUGUUAAACGAUUCGAUUUCGAUGUGAAACUCAUUCACACUUGUGCCUAAUUCUUCUUUUGGAGGAAAGAGUGAAAUAUACGGAAGGUGAGCAAGACCCACCAAGCCAUUUUUGUCCAUUAUCUUUAUUUUAUUUUAUUUUCUCUCCUCAUUGGUUGUAUGUUUAUGUAAUUGAACUCCACCUACCACAGAAAGGAAAAAUGUGUCACAGAUGCUUGACGACUA